UGCAGCCCCUGAGUCUAUUACGACCUAGUCCACAUUGGACACGGAAUCUUUCGGAAUCUUCGGUCGGACGUAUACUACAACGGUGUCUUCCCAUUUCUUACCAUCGCGCAGAUGAACUGCGUACCUGCGCCUAGUGUUUCCGGGCCUAGGCAGUGUCACUUAAAAGCCGUUGAUGAUUUUUGUGGAUACGGUUUCAGUCUGCGCACUGAUGGAAACAGUGGGAAGCAUCUCGUGGAAAAUGUUGAGUCCGGCUCUCCUGCUGAAUCAUGCGGGCUGUUAAAUGGUGAUAUUCUUUUGAAAAUCAAUGGAAAACCACUUGGUUGGUUUGUUGUUAAUGUCAUUCCGUUUUUCAGCCGGGUUGUUGCACAAGGAAGCCGUCCAACUGAUAAAAAUGUACUCUAGCGAGGUCCUACUGUUAGUCGUCCAGCCUGCUUCUUGGGCUGUAUACCGAACACGUGACGAUCCUGUGGCCGCAGCUGAAGCUGAAGCGAUUGUUUGUACGGCUCUUUCACAUAGUAGGAACAGUCCAUCAAGUUUUUUUGCCCUUACACCGGCAGAAGAGCAAUUGCUCAGUGGUGACACAACCACAAUGAGCGUUGUGCAUGCGAGGCGCAGGCAGUUCCUUAACAUGGCUGGCGGCGGUUGCCAGCCGUAUGCUACGGUAAACCAAUAUGACCAUGUCUCCGGAUGAAUACGUCAGCAUUUCCACGAAACUCGAGGGUUGUCCAAUACAUAUCCGAAGUGCCUUCACAUUUGCGCUUUACCAUUUAAAAACUGGCUGUGAUCAUUUGUUGCCAAAUACGCUUAUCCGUUUUCUCUCUCCCCUUGUGUUUAUCUACAAGCUUAUUCUCUGCACUUCUGCUGUUACUUGGUCUCUUCUUGAACAACGUAGUGAAUUAUUGUUUUCUCUGCAUUG